AUGGCACGGCUGGCCGCUGAAUUUGACAUGAAAGAUCUCGGUCCCUUGAGUCAUUUUUUAGGCAUUCACGUGACUCACCAACACAACCGCAUGUUUUUAUCUCAACAAUCCUAUACUAAGGACAUCAUUGAACGUGUGGGAAUGCAUUCUUGCAAACCGGUUGCCACUCCGGUUGAUACUAAGUCCAAGCUCAGUGCCACAUCUAGUCCUAUUUUUGAGGAUUCUACACUUUACCGCAGUCUUGUAGGUGCUCUUCAGUACCUAACUUUCACCAGACCCGACAUCAGUUAUGCUGUUCAGCAGGUGUGCAUGCAUAUGCACGCACCCCGUAUAGAUCAUUGGAAUGCGUUAAAACGCAUUAUGCGGUAUCUCCAGGGCACUUCUUCUCUUGUUCUGACACUAGGUUCUUUCACAGACUUCUCGUUACGCGCAUACACUGAUGCUGAUUGGGCUGGAUGUCCUGACACUCGUCGCUCAACUUUGGGUUACUGUGUCUAUUUGGGUCCUAAUCUGUUAUCUUGGUCAUCUAAACGUCAGGCAGUGGUCUCCCGGUCUAGUGCAGAGGCUGAAUACCGGGGUGUAGUUGCCGAAUUAUGCUGGCUUCGUAAUCUUCUUCUGGAGCUGCAUAAACUCUUACCAAAGGCCAGCCUAGUUUAUUAUGAUAACAUUAGUGCGGUGUAUCUUUCAGGUAAUCUGGUUCAGCACCAACGCACUAUGCACAUUGAGCUCGACAUUCAUUUUGUUUGUGAUCUAGUGCAACGAGGUACUGUUCGUGUUCUUCAUGUUCCCUCACGUUAUUAG